GAUCCCACUGUCUGUCUGUGGCAGGUCUUCCUUCUAGCAACCUGAGGGAGGCAGGAUGGGCUGAGCGGAGAAGGACCUGGGAGGUCAGACCUGGGGGUGCUCUAAGGUGUCAGCAGGCAGAGCAGGGCUCGCCUGGCGCAGUGCAGGUUCUGUAAUGUGGUUGAUCUUGAGCUUCUCAGAACCUGGGCAUUUGCUUUCGGUUUUGCUUCCCAGACACCUUGGACCCAGAAGGUGCUUGUGCAGACACAGCUGCGGAGUGCAUGUGCACAGCUAAGAACAAGUGGGUCUUGUCUUAAGUCUUCCAGAGGGAGAUUCUAGGACAACGGGACUGUCACUUGGCUUGGAGUGGGCUGGAGUGAGGGUGAAGCGACACCUCCUUCCAGCUGGACACAGACUGGUGAGCUGAAGGGGAAACUCUGAGAUCCCAGUGCUGACACCAUGACCUCAGAAGCUGACGGGAUCUGCCCAGAUGGCAAAGACUUUGUUGAUGCCAUUGAGUAUUUAAUGGACCCAAAGGACAAAGAGAAACUUCAGCGCCUGCUGAGUGAUGAAUCCUGGGAGAGAUUUGUGGCUGCGGCCAAGCUGUCCAGGGAUGAGGCAGAUGCACUCUAUGCAGACUUGCGCGAGCUGGAAACACUCGUGGUCAUGGAGGCCGAAGACAUGCCCUCAGUAGACCAGCUGCAUGGGGAGAGCUUUAUGAAGGAGUUUCCUCAGGUGAAACAGGACCUUGAGGAACGCAUACGAAAGCUCUACGCACUGGCUGAUGAGGUGGACAAGGUGCACAGGGACUGCACCAUCUCCAAAGUGGCGGCCUCUUCAACCGGUGCUGUGUCUGGCAUCCUGACCAUCGUUGGCCUGUCUCUGGCACCUGUGACAGCAGGGAUUAGUUUGGUGCUUUCGGCAACUGGGAUGGGACUGGGGGCAGCAGCUGCUGUGACCGGUGUGACCACUGGCAUCGUGGAAGCCUCAAAAAACGCGUCAGCAAAAGCAAAAGCCAGGCACCUAGUGCCAACUGGCAGUGACACAGAGAAGGUGGUUGAGAAGGUUCUAAGUCGCAACACACCCAAAAUUGCUUUCUUAGCACCGAAGUGCUUCCAGUCCGUGAAAAAUAUUGUGAAGAAUGCCCGUGCCUUCAACCUGGCCAAAUCCAAUCCUGUCUUAGCAGCUGAGGCCACAAGCGUCAUGCACACAGGGGCAGUGUCAGCCCAAGGUGGCAACCAGCUGCAGAAAGCUUUUGGAGGCACUGUUCUGGCCAUGAGCAAAGGAGCCAGAAUCGCUGGUAUCGCCGCUGCAGGUGUUUUCCUUCUCAUAGAUGUAGUGAACAUAGUGAAAGAGUCAAAGCACUUACAUGAGGGCGCAAAGGCUCGGUCAGCUAAAGAGUUGAGGCAGCUGGCCCAGGAGCUGGAGAAGAGAUUGGAAGAACUCACCCGCAUUCACGAAAUUCUACAAGGUCCCUGACUUCAUAAUCCCCAGACAGAGCAUGGAGAAGGG